AUGGCAAGUCUGCACGCUGUUGUUGUUGUUGUUGCUGCUGCUGCUGCUGCUUCUCUUCUUCUGAUGGCUGCCUUUGAUGGAGCUCUGGUUCAUGCUGACUUCUAUAACGACGUAGACUUUGUCUGGGGCUAUCAGAACGCAGGAAUCUGGAACGACGGAAAUAGCCUUUCUCUCAUGCUCGACAAUGUCUCAGGUUGCGGGAUGGUGACGAAGAAUCAGUAUCUCUUUGGAAGCAUCGAAGUGCAGAUCAAACUGGUGAAGGGGAACUCUGCUGGCACUGUAACAGCGUACUAUGUGGGUUUUAGUGCAGAAUGCUUGCAGUUGUCUUCGACAGGGGAUAAGCAUGACGAGAUAGACUUUGAGUUCCUCAGAAAUGAGACCGGACAACCCUACAUCAUCCACACAAACAUCUUCACGCAAGGCGUGGGGAACAGAGAGGAGCAGUUCUUGUGGUUUGUCGACGGGAUUCCGAUCAGAGUCUUCAGGAACUACGAGAGCUACGGAGUUCCAUUUCCCAAUCGGCAAGCGAUGAGAGCCUACUCCAGCAUCUGGGAGGCGGACGAGUGGGCAACAAGAGGUGGGCUGGUAAAGAUCGACUGGAAUUCUGCACCUUUCGUGGCCUACUACCAGGAACCUGCAGCUGAGAGCUUGUCCAUGGUAUGGGCCAAGCAGCAGCGGUGA